AUGAUGUACGUGUUCUGGUUGUUCUUGCAAUCAUUCACCUUGAUCCUCAUACCAGCAGUCGCCGAAUUGAAAGAGGGCAUGGAGUUACAACCUGCACAUUUCCAACAGCGAAUUGCGUUUUGCCAAUGGGCCUUACAGAUGAUACAGAAUGAUCCAAUUUUUUUCAACUAUGUCCUUUUUUCUGAUGAGGCUAAAUUCCAAAGUGACGGAGAACUUAAUAGGCAUAAUUGCCACUAUUGGUCGAAUGAAAAUCCUCAUUGGCACAGAACUGUGAAUCACCAGAGGCGUUGGAGCCUGAUGGUUUGGUGUGGAAUCAUCAAUGGUUAUUUGAUCGGUCCUUAUUUUUUUGAAGAAAACGUUAACGGGAAUAGUUAUUUACAGCUAAUAAGAUAUCAGUUACCUGCAAUGAUGGAAGAUGUUGAUUUACACACGCGACAAAGAAUGUGGUUUCAGCAGGACGGUGCAGCACCAUAUUUCGCUCGAAUUGUAUGGGCUUUUUUGGAUGAAAACUAUAAUGGUAGAUGGAUCGGACGAGGAGGUCCAGUUAACUGGCCUGCAAGUUCACCUGACCUCACAUCCCCAGACUUUUAUUUAUGGGGCUAUUUGAAAAAUGUUGUUUUUGAACAGCAGCCGAAAACUAGAGAAGACAUGCAGGAUCGCAUUCGCCAAGCAUGUGCUGCAAUACUAAAAGAAACUUUGCUUGGCACUGUGCGCCAUUUCCAGAGGCGGUUCGAUUUAUGCCUCCAAGCAAAUGGAGGUAACUUCGAACAUUUGCUUCGAGGUUAA